GUGAAGCGAGGACCACUUAGGCUAUUUGGAGGAUUCUACAAGUAUGUCACAACGAAAUGAUCGCGGCGAUGAUUACCGACGAGGAAACUAUGGUGAUGAGCGAGAUCGGAGGUAUCACGCCCCAAGUUUGGACCGUGACGAUGAACCUGAAGACCGAAGGGAGCGGAGGCGUGAAGACCACGGACGGAGUGGGCGAGGACGCGACGAACGUAGCAACGAACGACAUGUUGACUCGCCACGACGACCACCACCGGUCGUGUGCUUUGGCUGUAAAGUCGUAGGCCAUUACCGUAGCGACUGCUGGAGGCUGUGGACCAACCCUGAGACACGAAGACAAAUGGGGGCGGAUGGGUAUCGAUGCCCUCCUGAAUUCCAGCGUCGUGGGCGAUCAGGCUCACCACAAUCCAACCGUGGCACCUUUACCGAGCGGUCUCCGUUCGAAGAAUCGAAGACGAUGAAUCGGACCGAGAAUCUCGAGAAGACCGUCGAAGCAAUGAAGGCUUUCGUCGACACUGAGAUGGCCCGUCGGGCCGAGAAGGAGAGGAAGAAACUCGAGAAGGCGCAAGCCAAGAAAUGCGAGGAGGAGGAGCAAGCAGCGGCUGAAGCGGCAAAGCGAGCCGAAGAACUCAAGAGACAACGAAGACUCAAUAAAAUACGGAAGCAAGAGGAAGAACGUGAAGCGAUGGCUAAGGAUGUUGAAGUUUCGGUUGGACUACGGUUUGGUACCGUGGACGACCGCCUCAAAAACAUCAUAAGAGAAGUGUUGUCGGAGAGUAAUAUUCUGGCGAAGGAUAAGGGGAAGGCACCUGAAGCUAUCGCAUCCACAUCGGGCGUAGCUAAUGAGAGCGCGAUCGAUGUGAUCACCAAGAGCACCGAGGGGCUGCAAAUCACGGAGAAACGCAAGCGCGGGGAAGAUACACCUUUGGGGAAUAACCCACGAGUCACAACCCCAACGAAGCGAGUCACUAGGAGAACGAAUUUGAAACCGCUUCGUCUUGCGGAGAAGCUACGGAUGAGACCCGCUUUGAAGAAGACCAGCACGUUGCGACUCAACCGCGUGGCUAUGAUAGCGGUGAAGGCGAUUCUCCAAUAUACAACCUUGGAACGAAUGCAGUUUUUGGAAGCCACACACAGGGAUCUUAUCCCUAUUCACCACGACGAAAUUCGGGCUACUUGCGCCAGGGAGGGUGUUCCCUACAAAACCAAUUUGCAAGCCAUUUUUGACUUGGCUGAUCGUCGUGCCGAAGUAAAGUUUGGUCCGGAACAUCGGGGGACUGGGCCGACGAUCAUCCUCGAUUCCGAUUCUGGGGAUGUGUCGAAUGAGGAAGACGACGUGAGUAAUGCGUGAAAUUCGCUGACUAACGAGCAAUGGUUUUUGAUUUGUGAGACUGUGAUUGACUUCCGUAAACAACUAACGAG